AUAUACACGGUCGGCAGCGCGGUGUGUUGGCAGAGAAAAUCACACUUUCGCACAGCACGGAAAUUCUGCCAGUGACCAUCAGAGUUUGAAUGAAAGUGCGGCAAUAUUAGGACAGGAAAUCAUGAGCAAUCUUCCGGACGUAGAGCAGUUGAAGCUGGAGGAAAAUCACACCAGCGCUGAAGGUGCCGCCGCCGCCCCGGUCGCGGAAGACGUGGUUGAUCCAUGGACUGUUACCAGCUCAUCCGAUGCGGGAAUUGAUUACGAUAAGUUGAUAAAGCGGUUCGGAUGUUCACAUAUCGAUGCGGCACUGAUCGAGCGGCUCGAAAAGGUCGCGGGAAAACCGGUUCACCAUCUGAUCCGUCGUGGUAUAUUCUUUUCGCACCGUGACCUACACACACUGCUGAAUGCGGUAGAGGCGGGCAAGAAGUUUUACCUCUACACCGGCCGUGGACCGUCGUCGGACUCGAUGCAUUUAGGUCACCUGGUGCCCUUUAUCGUGACGAAAUGGUUGCAGGAAGCGUUCGAUGUGCCGCUGGUCAUUCAGCUGACCGACGAUGAGAAGACGCUGUGGAAAGACCUGACCGUCGAGCAGUCGAUGCGGAUGGCGCGCGAAAACGCCAAGGAUAUCAUUGCGAUUGGGUUCGAUCCGAGCAAAACGUUCAUCUUUUCCAACCUGGACUUUAUGGGCCAGUGUCCCCAGUUCUACCAGAACAUUAUACGCAUCCAGAAGUGCGUCACGUUCAACCAGGUGAAGGGCAUAUUCGGGUUCGGCGACUCGGACGUGAUUGGCAAGAUCGGGUUUCCGGCGGCCCAGGCAGCACCCGCGUUCUCGACCACCUUUCCCUUCAUCUUCGGCACGGACAAGCUGCCCGUGCUGAUUCCCUGUGCGAUCGAUCAGGAUCCCUACUUCCGCAUGACGCGUGACGUAUCGCCCCGGCUCGGCUUCCCCAAGCCGGCCCUUAUCCAUUCGAGCUUUUUCCCCGCGCUGCAGGGCGCACGGACGAAAAUGUCGGCCAGCGAUACCAACUCGGCCGUCUUCCUAACCGACACGGCCAAGCAGAUCAAGACGAAGAUCAACAAGCACGCGUUCUCGGGCGGGCGACAAACGCUCGAGGAGCACCGGGAGCACGGUGGCAACACGGACAUUGACGUGAGCUUCCAGCUGCUGCGGUUCUUCCUGGAGGACGAUGCCGAGCUGGAGCGCAUCCGGGUCGCGUACGGCAAGGGCGAACUGCUCAGCGGCGAAAUGAAGAAGAUCGCGAUCGACACGCUGCAACCGAUCGUGGAGGAGCAUCAGAACCGGCGGAAGGAAGUGACGGAUGAGGUGCUUAACCUGUUCCUUACGCCCAGGAAGCUGAACUACGAGUUCACAGUAAAGCUGCCCGGCGAUAGUGCGAACGGGGCGGAGGGAGCGAAGAAGAAGGGCAAAGAUAAGAAGGCGGCUAAGCCGAAUUAGCGACGAUUGUGGGCAAAUACACAUCGCGGUCGGUCGCAUUCGGGCAUGCAAUUAUCGGUACUUUAGAGGAUUAUGAUAAGGGCGGCGUCACACACGUCGCUAAUCAUUUUCCGCGUUCGGCAGCAGUGCUUCUAUGGAUUUGAACGGUACGCAAGUACCUGUUCCGCGAAUUACUUCACCCCCCAAGCCACACCAACACGGAACCGGAUACUUCGGUUGGUGGUGGUGCUGUGGAAACAUUUAUUUAUUUUAUUUUAUUUUUAGCCGCGUCGUUGCUUUGCUUACUGCAAGUAAAACUAAAUGCACGGUGAUGAAUAAACGUGAUGAAUAAAAAAUAAAA